GCAUUUGGGUGAAACCUCGUGGAAAUAAAAAAUGGCGGCUGUCGACAAACUAGCCGAAUCGGGGCAAGAACCCUUGAAGAUUAAUGGGAAUAUGGAAGAAAAUGGAGUGAAUGGAGAAGAUAAAUUUAAAAUCGAAUGGGGUUUUGAUUUGGAGGAUGCCUAUAAACUAGCUUUAAUGUUUUAUCGAGAAAAGGAAGGAAAAGCAAUGCAACUUUCUUAUAAGGAUAAAAUACGAUUAGUAGCCUUAAUUAAACAAGUAGCUUAUGGAAAAUACAGAGCGGAUGUCUCUCCUGCAGUUGGUUUUCUUGAUGUCGUCGGUAAUGAUAGGAGGCAAGCUUGGCAAAGUUUGGGAGACAUGAAGAAGGAAGACGCAAUGAGAGAAUUUAUAGAUCUGCUCAAUAGGGUUUGUCAACUAUUUAAGCCGUUCAUGCAAGCUCAACUGGCCGAAAAGGAGGAUAAAGAGAAACAACUAAGAGAGGAAGAAGUUGCUAGGAAAGAAGUUGAAGAGGCGGCUGAAAGGGAGAGAAAACUGUUGGAAGAAGAAGCAAGAAGACAACAAGAAUUAGAAAGAGUCAAACUGAGCCAGCAAGAACAACAUAUCCGAGCCGUUCUCAAUCAACAAACUUAUCCGCAGUUUAGUCAAUAUGCCGCUCAACAGCACCCAAAUGAUAGUCAACAACAAGCGGCUUUACUAACUCAGUUGCAAGAGCAACACUAUCAGCAGUAUAUGCAGCAAGUGUAUAGGCAACAGCUUCAUCAACAACAACAGUACAAACAGCUGAAUCCAUCAACAACGUCUUUGGAGGAUGUGAAUGUUAAGGAUAAAACUGAAUCGGAUAAUGAAGAAGACGAAGAAGAAGGUAAGAGAAUUAUAGCGGAAGAGGACGAGAAAGUUGAUCCGCAGCUAGUGGAUAAAUUGCCGCCUAUCGUUCCCGCUGCGCUUUGGACGAAGAAGGAAGGAAAACGGUUUAAGGAAGAAAGACGAGAGAAAACAUCGGUUAUCAGUGCCCCGUCCAUGUGGACUAGGAAAGAACUGAAGGAAUUUAAAGAGAGUUUAAAAGCUGAUAAGGAUACUAUCUUAAAAGUCGGAUCGGGGGAGACAGUAACGAUCCGCGUCCCGACUAGUGAACAUGGCAACUGUCUUUUUUGGGAAUUUGCAACAGAUUACUUCGAUAUAGCUUUUGGUGUCUCUUUCGAAUGGACUAUAAAUCCUGAGGAAAAUAUACGUGUUGAGAUCAACGAAUCUAGCGACGAAGAGGAGGAGAUCGAGGAAGGUGCAAAACCACCAGGUGAUGUUGAAGGUGGAAAAAAGAAACCGGAUGGACCUCCUCAAGAUGAAAUUAUACCGGUUUAUAGGCGAGAUUGUCAUGAAGAGGUUUAUUGUGGUUCCCACAUGUAUCCUGGAAAAGGAGUUUAUUUAUUGAAAUUCGAUAACUCCUAUUCUUUGUGGAGGAGUAAAACAGUUUACUACAGGGUUUACUAUACAAAUUAG